AUGUCUUCUUGUAAGGCUACUUCUACUCCGGUUUAUACCAAACCGAAAGUGAGCAGCACAUCGGGUGCUCCAUCUGAUGACUCGACUCACUAUCGCAGUCUCGCAGGUGCACUUCAGUAUCUUACUUUCACGAGGUCGGAUAUCUCUUAUGCUGUUCAACAGGUAUGCUUACACAUGCAUGCACCGCGAGAGGUUCAUAUGUAUGCUCUUAAGCGUAUCAUCCGUUACAUUCAGGGUACACUUGACUAUGGUUUACAUCUUUAUCCAUUCUCAGUUACUGACCUCCUUUCCUACACUGAUGCGGAUUGGGGGGGCUGCCCUGACACACGUCGGUCAACGUCUGGUUAUUGUGUCUUCCGUGGAGAUAACUUGAUAUCGUGGUCUUCGAAACGCCAACCUACCCUCUCUCGUUCGAGUGCUGAGGCGGAGUAUAGGGGGGUUGCUAAUGUUGUCUCCGAGUCAUACUGGCUGCAAUCUUCUGUUCGAAUUACAUUGUCCUAUUCAUAA